UACUUCUCUCAAACCCCUUUAGGCCUAGUACACUCCAUGCCUGAUGCAAUGUAACAGGACAAGAAACGAAAUGAUUCGCUUAUAGGGCGAUAGCGGAUGCAGAUUUAUAGCAAUCUCUCACUGUGGCUUGUUUCUUAAUGCAUUGUAUGAAUGGCCAAAACCACUUAUUUCUUGCGACUUCCUGAUCUAUUUCGAUCUAGCCGAUUGAUCCCUUUCUGGUCUCGAAACUUUUUGCUGACAUGAUCUCACACUGCUUACAUCAAAAAGGACAUGGAAGUGGAACCGGGGUCAACUCAAGCUGGGGGAUCACAUUAUACGCAAUCAAUCUUCUUCAGCCAUGAAAUUGUUUUUAAGAAUAUGUCAAAGCCUACUUAUCAAUGUUAUCAGCUUGCCACACCAACUCUCAACUUGUAAACAGUGUGCUAUAGUACAACCUAUUUAACUUGUGAGGUUCCAUCCAGUCUAUAUUUUUCAAACGGGGUAGCUCCGUCGAAGUACUGCAAGCCGAGAACCCGAGCAUUCGCCUCAUAGCCAAGAUUAUGGAUUCUGUGAGAUUUGAAUCACCAUUUCCAUCCCCGAGAGUACCGGAAGACCCUCUCGCAAUGUUCUUUGAUUUUGGAACCCCGGUUCAGGAAGCCCAGAAUACUUAUAAAAACACGACUCAAAGUCACGAGUCUAGAGGUGGCAUCAGGGUCUCGUUAGCAUGCGUGCCGGUAUGUCAAGAUUAUGUUUGACCCGUCAAUGUACUAAUCAUUGAAUAGUGCCGGAGUCGUCAUGUAAAAUGUGGAGCAGAAAUGCCUUCGUGCAGUCGUUGUCAGCAAGAUGAUAAGCCAUGCUUCUAUGCGAAGUCACGAAGAGGCAUGCGAGACAAGAAUGCCCCUCGAAAAAGAAGCUCGGCAAAAGAACAGUCUCGAGGACGUUCCGUUGGAACAGAGCAAGGAGGAUAUUCUACUCCAAAGGGAAGUCAUGUUGGGAAUCUAUCUAAUGAAUCAUGGACAGGCCCACUUUCUGAUGCUUCCAUGAGCCCAAAUAGCUCUUCUUCACGACUAAACAGUGUUAAGCCUGUGGACUCAAGAAGGUUAAUCGAUCUUUACUACAAGUUUGUUAAUCUGGACUCCUCGACGUAUCCUAUCACUGAUGUUUCGAUAGUUUCUUCCACAAAGCCCAUCCUUAUGUCAUUCCAAAACCUCAUUUUCUUGGCAGACUGAAAUCUGAUCCAGACUCACUUAAUAGCCUCUUACCAGUCAUGCAAUAUAUUGGAUCACUCUAUGCACCUGAUCUCCCGUCAGCAGAAUUCAGAGCUAUAGCUUUAGGCCUACUAGAUCUUCCGAGUUUACCACAGAAUGGCUUUAGUGUUCAAGCUUUGCUUCUACUGGCCAUUUCCAUCCACGCAGAAGAUGAAAGAGUUAAGGCACGUGUCAUUUUGGAUAGGAAUAUAUGUAUGGCGUUGGAGAUCGGUAUGAAUCAUCGUACUUUUGCUGGUCUGGAAAGAGAUCUUGUGUUAGCUGAGAGCUGGAGAAGAACUUAUUGGGGACUGUAUGUUCUCGAUGGUGUAUUUUCUGGUAUUGCUUGUGCUUCUAGUUUUAUGUAAGUGGCCUUGCAUCUAUGAUUUUAACAUCUCGGAUAUAUGUUAACAAUUUCUAGCUUAUCCGCGGUUGAAGCACACGUAGAUCUACCUUGCGAAGAUCACGAGUAUGAAAGUGGAGUAUGUAAUUUUUCUUACCACUUACCUUACACUUCUCCUCCACAUGGCCGAAAGUUCUAAUCCUCUAUAGCAUAUUCCACGACCUAGAACCCUUUCUGAAUAUGACUCCCGUGAUUUCGAAGACGAAAUCCCAAUCUUCUCUUCUUUCACAUACCUCAUUGACCUUGUCCGCAUCAUUGGCACCAUUCUUAGCAUCAACGACAUCACAGGCAAGAAUCUCGAACCCGCUGUUACCAAUGCCGAUGCUAUGCUUGUUAACUGGAAACUUCAUUUACCAGUGGAAAAACAAGGGGUGGUGGAUAAGAACGAGGAGGUAGAUGAGUUGUUAUUCCAGGCACAAAAUUUGUUACAGACGUAUGUUUUUCUCGCUUCGCAUUAAUCUCUUUCUAUGAGCUAGUUUUAUGUGAACCAAAGAUGCUAACCGAGUAACCACAGGCUUUUAGUGGUCAUCCACCGCCGCCUUUCACGCCUCUAUCAUUCACCUCUCGAAAAGAUCUCCCGCUGCGCACGACCACCGCCUACAUCUCCCCCAACUGGCAACGAAGAUCUAACCCGCUGGCUGCACACCAAGAAAACCAUCGAAGCCGCUCAAACUGCUUUAAAUCUAUAUGCACUCCCAAGUCCAAUAUUACUGCACACGCCACUAGGUAUCUGUGGAAUAACGAAGGCAACGCUAGCAAAUUUAAGCGCGUGCGCAUAUGUCUAUGAUAAUAAGGGGGAUGGAAAUAGAAGUGAACGCGAAGGAAAAGAAUCCGCUGAAUGGAGGAUGGCGAGAGAUAGGAUAAGAUUGGGAUUAGGCGCUAUUAAGGUCUUAGCAGGUGUUUGGGAGGGCGCGAGGGGAACGGAAAGAGAAUUGAAGAUUAUCGCGAGAGGAGUUUUCGCGAAUGCAAGUUUGGGUGUGGAAAGGAGUAGGGGGAGUACACCGGGAAUGGGCGGAGGAGCGGGGAGUACGUCGAUUCAUGGGGCGUUUACGGAACACGGGUUGGGGUUUGAGAGGUCGGGUGGAGAUGUAAUGGAAGGAAACUUUGAGGAGGAUUUUAGCGCGGGAGAUUUAGAGUAUCUGAGUAUUUUGAAUGGAUUGGCUGUGGGGACAAAUUCUGGGAUUUUGGGGGGUGGUGGGACAGCCAAUAACUGUUGAAGUGAAGAAAGAAGAAGGCCAAUGGAGUCCAACACUACAGGAAAUGGUCAUGAUUCGUUUUAUGAGGAUAUAAAAGUACUCGGGUAAAGAACAAAGUGAAGUGUCACGAGCUCUAGAUGCGAGUUGGAGUUUUUUUGUAUGAAAAGUGCAUUUUGGGUUUGUGGUUUUGGGGCUUUGUGUUUAGGAAAAGUGGAUUGGUUGGGGAUAUCUGUAUUACUGUGGGAGGUGUAAAUUGGUUUGUUGUAGUAAAAGAUGAAUGGAAGUCAAAAAAUAGAAAAGGGGGAAGUUUUACAGAUACAUCGUUAACACGUGCUCUGUGAUUAGAGUGGGAAGAGCAGUUGAUUUUGGAAAGGAGACGAGUUUAAGUUCGCUUUAUGAAUUUCAUCACAGUUUUGUAUUGAAGCGU